AUGGCCUUAAUUGGAUCUAUUGAACACUUCAAAGGGGGAGCAGAGGAGUUUGAAAUGUAUGUCGAACGAGUCGAACAUUUGUUCAAAGACAAUGCUGUCGUGGACGAAAUGAAAGUGUCUAUGUUCAUAACAUUAGCAGGUCCAGUCGUGUAUGGAACACUCAAAAGUUUAAUUACUCCACUCACACCCAGUAAUAAAACAUACGAACACCUUAUAGAUAUAUUAAAGAAGCAUUACCUUCCUAAAAAGUCUGAAAUCAGUGAACGGUUCCGAUUCAAUAAGUGUAAUCAGCGUCCAGACCAAACUGUAAGUGAUUACAUAGUUAAACUUCACAAGUUAGCAAGCACUUGUAAAUUUGGUACGUUCUUAGAGGAGGCUCUGAGAGACAGGCUAGUAUGUGGUUUGAAGUCAGAGAUUUUGCAGAUGAAGCUGUUGUCUCAAAUGGGCUUGACAUUUAAUAAUGCAUGUGUUAUUGCUCAGGCUAGUGAGAUAGCUGAAAGAGAAGCUCGAAUGCUUGCUAAUAGUGAGGAAGUGCAAGAUAUUCAUAAAGUCAGUGGUUCAAAGUCCUUCAGUCAGAAGUCAAGUCAGUCGACAUAUUGUCCUGAGUAUGGAAAUGGUCACAAACAUGAUGAGAGCUCACAAGGGAAUGCCAAGUCAGGUCAGAAUAGGAGACAAGUUUCAAAGUCGAAGUGUCAUAGAUGUGGUAGGUUCCACAAUCCUGAAACAUGUCCUGGCAGAGAGUGGUCAUGUUUCCGAUGUAAGAAGCAGGGACAUACAUGA